AUGGAGCGUGCACCACGUAACAGGGGAUUUCCAACUGAUCCCAAGGAAUAUAAGUUAUAUGAGGAAGUUGGAGAAGGAGUUAGUGCCACAGUUUACAGGGCUCUUUGUGUCCCGCUCAAUACUUUUGUUGCCAUCAAAGUUCUUGACCUUGAGAAGUGCAGUAGUGACCUGGAUGGAAUAAGGCGGGAAGUACAAACCAUGAGCUUGCUUGACCAUCCAAAUCUUCUUCGAGCAUGCUGUUCAUUUGCAAAUGACCAUCAACUUUGGGUUGUCAUGCCUUUCAUGGCUGCUGGAUCUGCCCUGCACAUAAUAAAAACUAAUUUUCCAGAUGGGUUUGAGGAAGCAGUCAUUGCCACACUUUUGUGGGAAGUUCUCAAAGCUCUUGUCUACCUACACUCUCAAGGGCAUAUUCACAGAGAUGUAAAGGCUGGAAAUAUCCUAAUAGAUACAAAUGGAGCUGUUAAGCUAGGAGACUUUGGAGUAUCUGCCUGCAUGUUUGACACUGGGAAUAGACAACGAGCUAGAAAUACAUUUGUUGGGACCCCUUGCUGGAUGGCUCCUGAAGUCAUGCAACAACUGCAUGGCUAUGAUUACAAAGCUGACAUCUGGUCCUUCGGGAUAACAGCAUUAGAACUAGCACAUGGUCACGCUCCAUUUUCGAAGUACCCUCCAAUGAAGGUGUUGCUUAUGACGUUGCAAAAUGCACCACCAGGUCUAGACUACGAGAGGGAUAAAAGAUUUUCGAAGUCUUUUAGGGACUUGGUUGCUGUAUGUUUAGUCAAGGAUCCACAGAAGCGUCCCUCUUCAGAAAAGCUGUUGAAACAUUCGUUUUUUAAGCAAGCGCGAUCAGCUGAUUUUUUGGCAAAGAGUAUUCUUGAGGGACUUACUCCACUGGGCGACCGCUUUAGGGCGUUGAAGGCAAAAGAGGCUGACUUACUUCUCAAUAACAAGCUUGGUCCAGAGAGCAAGGAGCAGUUAUCACAGAAAGAAUACAUAAGGGGCAUCAGUGGCUGGAAUUUUAAUCUGGAGGACUUGAAAACCGCAGCUGCCCUUUUAGACAGUUCAAAUGGCACAUACCAUUUUGAUGGUGCCAACAACAAAGAUAGGAAUGGGCUACAAGACGUUUAUAAUGAAUCAGAAAAUAUUUAUCAGGAAAGGGUUAACCAUGGUGCUUCUGCAAGGCAUGAUGAGCAUGAGAUACAAGAAGUAGAAGAUUUGGAUGGAGAUCUUGCCUCUUCCUUUCCAACCCGUCCCCUUGAGGCACUAAAGUCUUGCUUUGAUGUCGGCGGUGAUGAUGAUCCGGACCCUACUGCUACGAAUUUGCGGGUACAACCAAGCAUGGAGUCUAUAUCACCUGUGCAGCAGUUCUCAGAAAUGGACCAUAGUAGAAGUGACAACUGUAAUGGUGAAAAUCUGGAAAGAAGUGUCUCCGUACCCUCAAAUUUGGGAAAUAGUGUAUAUCCCAAGUUCUCAAGUGGUUCUCUUAUUCCUGAGCAUGUUCUUUCGCCUUACAAGAAUGUUGGUAGUGAUUCACGAAGGAAUGAAUUUCAUCAGAAAAAUCCGAGCAGCAGAAACCGGAGUGGCCCUUUGUUUUUCCGUCAAAUGAAGGACACACGCCCACAUCUGUCUGUUGCACCUGAUGAGGCGUCGGAAGGAAAUGUUGUCCAGCGAAGGGGGCGAUUUCAGGUCACAUCAGAUAAUCCUGGUCAAAAGGUAGCUUCAUCAGCAAGCAGCAACAGCAGGCCAAAUUUACCAAGUGGAGUAACACGGCCAGCUUCCAAUUCAUCCACAAUUCUACCGACACUACAAUUCUUGAUGCAGCAAAAUUCUAUGCAAAAGGAAGUGCUAAGUAGAUUGAUUUCUUCAAUUGAGGAAACAUCUGAUGCUUCCGAUGCAAGUACAGUUGGUUUGUCUCAGUCAUUUGGAUCGCUUGCCAGAGAGAAGGGAUUGGAGUCGUAUGUCGUCCAACUACAGCGAAGUGUCACAGAACUCUCUGAGGAAGUGCAGAGAUUGAAGCUGAGAAAUAAUCAGGUAGUUGUAUCAAUUGUAAUUGUAAGUAUUUUAGCGAGUUCACAUUAUAGUAUAAUCUUUGAUUUGUACAGCAUGCUUUGUGUUAUCGGUGAGGAUUAG